AUGGAAGAGGGUUAUCCUCCACUCGUUGCAUUCCAUGAGGAUAGGUUGGUUUUCGCUGGCAAUGAUGCUGAGACUCAAUCAAUCCAGUUCUCCGAAGUCUCAAACUAUACGAACUUCUCAAUCACUGAUGAGACAGGAGAUGUACAACCUCAGUUGUCAUUCAGCAUUCGCCUAAGCUCUAUCAAUAGGCAAUCCAUUCAAUGGAUGCGGAGCAUGGGAAGAGGUCUUGUCGUUGGGACAGAUACGAAUAUCUGGUGUAUUUCCCCUAACCAUGAAAAGGGUAGCUUUGCUAACAAUUCUUUGUCUACCAGAACGAUUGCCAGUCUUAGUAGCGCAGGCACUCCGCCCGUGAGUGUUGUCUCUGCUCUUCUUUUUUCGCAUGGAUCGGGCCAGACCUUGCGAGCGAUUAUUGGCGAUAUCGAAAGGGGUUAUCAAUUUCCAGAUUUGACGCUCUCAGCUGAGCAUAUGUUGAUGAGCGGGAUAAAUCAGAUGGCGUUUCAAGAAGAUCCAUACGCACUUCUUUGGAUUUUAAGACACGACGGUGAGCUUGUCGGGUGUACUUUUGAUCCAGAGAAUGAAGUUUUAGCAUGGCAUACGCAUUCUCUAGGAGGCAAUGCAAAGGUUCAUUCAAUGGCGAGCUUUAUUCACAGUGCGAGUGGACAGAGCGAGCUUUGGCUUUUUGACUCGUCUCGAAUAUCACAAUAA